AUGGCACAUCCACGUGCACCUUUCGAAGAAGAGGGUGAGGCACUAUUCAUUAAUCAAAACUUCCGCCGUCAAGUGCUGAAGCGUAACGAACACCCAUACGUCAUGGCGCAUCCACGUGCACCUUUCGAAGAAGAGGGUGGUGAAUCAGGUUGUGGUUACCGGUAUCGUAAGUGGGUUCUUGGAAAGAAUGCAAAUGGUAAACCGAUCGAAGUUGUAUGCCGUACAGAGCAUGAUGGCGUCAUGGCCGGUCCGUCUGGAGAUGUUCAGUUCCUGACGAUAAAGUCAUUUAAUGAAUGGGAUAGCUCGCAGUCAGGGGGUGUAGACUGGAGAGUCAAGUUAGAUGGACAGAAGGGAGCUGUUUUAGCGACGGAGAUUAAGAACAAUAGUUGCAAACUGGCAAAGUGGACAGUGCAGGCUCUUUUGGCAAAUUCGGACGCUAUAAAGUUUGGCUACGUAUCACGCGUGUCUGUACGUAACAGUGCUCAACAUUUGAUUUUGGGAACGCAGCAGUUACGUCCUGUUGAAUUUGCUCAGAACAUCUCUAUGAAUAUGGACAAUGGAUGGGGAAUAUUGCGAUGUGUGAUUGACAGCUGCAUGCGCCAACCGCAAGGCAAGUACCUACUGAUGAAGGACCCUCAAUCACCUGUGAUAAGACUGUACUCUCUUCCUGAGGGAACAUUCGAAAGCGAACAAGAUUCCAGUGAUGGGCAAGGAGGGGAUUCCGACGAUAACUAG